AUGGUCCUCUUCCUUGGGACCGUCCUACAAACAGGACUUGCCGAUCAACCGCCUGUAUUUACUCAUUACAUGAACGAUGAAGAAUUGUUAGAAGACACAAAACCAGGUGAAAUUGUGUACACACUGAAAGGCUACGAUCCCGAGGGGCGCCGGGUAAAGUUUGGCGUAUUUGGAGAAGUAUUUUCCGUCCAACCAAACACUGGUGAAGUUACAUUGAAGCGACGUUUAGAUUUUGAGAGAAAUCAGGUUUUGAUUGUAGUUUUUACAAUCAGCGAUGGCAUUAACGUGGGCAAGAAAACGGCAACAAUUUAUCUGAAAGAUGUCAAUGAUGUCAAACCCACUUUUACGAAAUCGACCUAUUUUACAGAGAUCAAAGAGUCUUUUCCAGUCGGUGGCACUGUCAUUAAAGAUAUCAGCGUCACAGAUAAUGAAGGAGUUAAUAGUUUGAUCACUGUCACCUGUAACCCAGGAGUUGCUUAUGUCGAAGACUGUAAUACUUUUCGGGUGGUGCGUACUGGCAAGGAAAGCAGUAACAGUUGGAAAGGUUAUCUGGUUUUGAACAAACCCCUCAACUAUGAAACAAAGAAAAAUUACCAAGUGCCGUUGGUUGCUUUUGACGGCGUCAACAAACAGACGAAAAGCGUAGAAAUUCGAAUUAUCGAUGUUGCAGACAUUCCACCCUACUUUGUCCGAGCAGUGUCCGUCGCUGUGGACGAAGAAACACCAAUAGGUACUGUCAUUACACAGGUAUCUGCCGUCGAUGGCGACAAAUUCUCUCCGCGAGAUCUCAAGUAUUCGAUCUAUAAUAGUACGAAUUCGCACUUUAGUAUUAAUGAAGACACCGGCAGUAUAUCUAUUGCAAAGAGACUUGACAGGGAAGACUGGAUACUUGGUUACAGUGACAUUUAUUUAAAGGUCCAGGAAGUGAUCAGUAAAAACCCUGUUGUGUUAGGAGAUUCAAAUACAACCACUGCCACCACAACCAUUCGUGUCAACAUUUUGGAUAUUAAUGACAACAAGCCGCGCUUCACAGCUUCCUAUGUGGCCACGAUCCCUGAGAAUAUAGCCAACAAUGAAGCAAUACCAAACCUACUAAUGACCGUGAUAGACAAAGAUACGGGUACAAAUGCCAACUAUAUUUUUGAAAUGAGCAAUUACUUCGACACAUUUUAUAUUCAGCCGAAGUAUGGUGAAGGUAUUUCGACCACAGCUAUACGGAUAAAGAAUACAAGUCUCAUCGAUUAUGAAAAGGGGCCAAGACAGUAUGAAUUCAAGGUUAUCGCACGGGAAGCAAAUACGACAGAAAAAUAUUCUGGCUCAACUACGGUAACUAUCUACGUAACGGAUGUUAAUGAUAACGUUCCCAUUCCAAGCAAACCAUUUUAUGAAGUGUCCGUAAAUGAAUUGGCCAAAGCAGGUGAUCCAGUCGCUACUAUAACGGCAACCGACAUAGAUUCAGGGAAAUUGGGAACGAAUGGUAUACGUUACGUCCGGCUAAAAGGAAUGUUUUCAAAUUUAUUUGACCUGAACCAAAUCACUGGCCAAGUGACAGUUGCUAGCUGUGCUACUCCGGGCAAAUACCCUUGUUUGGACUACGAUUAUCGGAAGCAGAUCAAUCUAACUGUGGAAAUUGUCGACAACAAUAACAGCGGGAUGGAUGUACAGAGAUCCCUAGCUAAUUUGAUAAUAAAUGUUAACGACGCUAACGACAAUGUACCUGUGUUUCCCAAUGCGAAUUAUUAUGGGAAAAUUGCAGAAGGAAAUACAGACCCAUCACCGGAAGUCAUUGUUAAGGCAGAGGACGUUGACAUUGCGGGGAGUCCUGUGCGAUAUUCCAUUAUAAAUUCUGAGGUACCUGGAUUGUUUCAAAUCGGUUUAUACAGUGGGAAAAUUACUGCCGUCAGACCUGUAAAAAUAACCGACUCUGGAUCAGAUGUCUAUAUAACCAUGGAAGUGAUAGCGUCUGAUGGUGUAGGAAGUGCCAAAGCAUCUGUGAGAAUUGAAGUUUUAGAUAAAAACGACAACAAACCAGUUUUUAAGCAAAAUAAUUACAAAACAUGCAUCCCUGAAAAUUUUGCUGGUGGGAAGACAGUACUUGCUGUGGUUGCAACCGAUGCGGACAAAGCAGGUACAAGCAACUCAAAACUGUCUUAUUCACUCGCCACUGGGGCUGAGGGACAAUUCACUAUUGACCAAAUGGGCAUUAUUAAAAGUUCUUUCCAGGCGAGAUUUGAUUACGAAACAAAAAAAAUCUAUGCAUUUCAGGUUGUGGCCCGUGACAAUGGCUCUCCUCAAUUGAGUGCUAGUGCUAAUGUGGAAAUUUGCAUCCAAGACAUCAAUGAUGUUUUUCCAGAAUUCAUCCCGUUUACGAUGCAAGUUAACGUCAAAGAAGAUGUUCCUGUUGGAUACAUUUUAAUCAAAUUAAAUGCUGUUGACCUUGAUACCAACUCUCGACUGGAAUACCGGUUUGUAGAUCCAUCCAGUGCUAUUAACCCAAAUGGCGUGCCUGUGGAUAAGAGUCAAUUUGACUACACGUCUUUUUUCAAGUUGGAUGUGAACACUGGAGUAAUUACAACUGCGAAAAUUCUGAAUAGAGACAAUGCCAGCUUAAUUACCCAAAGCUUGAACGUGGUCGAUAUAAAUGGGAUCAAACCUCAAACAGGAACUGGUACUAUUAUCAUCAACAUUCAGGAUGUGAACAAAAUCCCACCCGAGUUUUCCCCUCCAUGGACCGUAGCUCGGCCAUUUUAUAAUGUCGUGCUAAAUGAGGAACAAUCAGUUGGCAGUUUCGUGACUAUCCUGAACGCGGUCGAUAAGGACGGUACUAUUGAAGGCUACAGCCUCAUAGAUACAAACGGAUACUUCUCAGUUAGAAAUGGUGUGGUGACUGUGAGAAAAAGGAUUGAUUACGAGAAAGUUGAAAAUUUACAGUUUAAAGCUCUCGCCUGGGACAACGUCGAGCCGAAAAUGACCGCCACAGCCACCGUGUAUGUCCAAAUUAAAAACAUUAACGACAACUCUCCCCAGUUUUUGAAAUCUUACAACCCAUCCAUCGAGGAAAAUUCACCGGUUGGAACAAAAGUUGUGGUAGUAAGUGCUAUAGAUAAGGACAAAGGUGACUAUGGAAAAGUCCGCUAUGAAAUAAGCGACCCCAAUAGCGCUUUUCAAAUCAAUUUAUUAACAGGUGAAAUUACAGUCAAGAACAGUACGGUCCUUGACCGGGAGAAUGUGAAGCAGAUCAUAAUUUCUGUGACAGCUUAUGACAGCCCCAAAGAUUUUAGUGUUCGACUCAAAACGACUAUGGCAGUGUAUAUUGACUUAAGUGAUAUGAAUGAUAAUCCACCCGUUUUUGAGAAGAAGGUUUAUUACGAAGCUGUUGUCGAGACUAUCCCUGUUGGCUUCAGGAUAAUGGAUAUAUCAGCGCGUGAUAAUGAUAUUCAAAGAAAUGCAAUAGUCACAUAUUAUAAAGGAUCCGGUGACUCAGAAGAUUUGUUCAGCGUGUCCAAAAAUGGGGCAAUCAGCGUGAAAAAGACACUGAUGAAUAAGAUCGGCAAUUAUACUUUUAAAGUAAAUGCUAAUGAUGGUGUAUACACGGAUAUGGCACAAGUAACUAUUGAGGUUUUGAAAGGGGCCAGCAUCCCACCUAAAUGGGUUAUUCCAGCGACAGACAAUUUAGUUGUCCCAAUCUUAGAGAGUCAGUACCUUGGCAUGUUUGUCUACCAAGUGAAAGCACAGGAUCCUGACCAGGGGCCAAGCGGACUAAUGACUUACUCAUUUUUAGAAGACAAAACAGUAACUCAGAAAACGGCGGACUUCAGGAUAAAUCCUAUAACAGGUGUAAUACGCGCAGAGAAAGUUUUUGAUCGGGAACAGAAAGACAUUUAUAAUUUAAUGCUUGUCGUCAAAGAUCAUGGCAAAAAUCCACAGGAAAGUAACAGGCGUCUUAGAAUAAAAAUUCUUGAUGUGAAUGACAACAAACCACAGUUCCCGAUGUCGGAUGGGAAGGUGAUGCCAUAUUCAUUCCAAGUGCCAGAAAAUGCUCAGAUAAGAUACCAUAUUGGUGACGUAAAGGCUUUUGACAGAGAUUUGAACCCGACUAACUUCUACUACAUUUUAUCUGGGAACGACGAAGGAGUGUUUCAAUUAGACGUCUCAACCGGUUCUUUGUAUUUGAUGAAGAAGAUCGAUCGUGAAAUUGCCAGUUCGUAUACUUUGGUUAUCGAAGCUGUUAAUAACAUCACCGAUUUCAACGUUAUAAGGCAGCCAACAACACAUGACACCGACACCAGUAUAACCACAGUGAAUAUUCUGGUAACCGACAUGAAUGACGAAAAACCUGAAUUCACCCAAAAAGAAUAUUAUGGAUGUAUUUCUACUGAGGAUUCUUUAAUGAAGAGCAUUCUAAAAGUACAGGCCAUUGAUAAGGAUUCGGCUGGAAGUUCAGCCAUUGAAUAUACCAUUAAGAACUUUCAGAAAAAUGGUGACUAUUUGAGUGGCCAGACGACGUUUCUAAUUGGGGAAAGAGAUGGCAUUCUUCGAAACACGGAGAUUAUGAGUAAAUAUGAAAAUUCCGUCUUCGCUAUGGAUGUAAUUGCAAACGAUACAGCCAUUUUCGGAAAAACAGAUAAUGCGGAUAUUCAGGUUUUUGUGACAAAGAAAAGUCAAGCAGUGAAGGUUAUCCUCACUCAGCCAUCAGGCGAUGUUUAUUUCUUUAUUGAUCAGAUAAAGAAACUCAUCUCAGAAAAUACUGGAAAUAGUUAUGUUUGCGUAGCGGAUAUCAAAGACCAUAUGUUUCCGAAUGGACAAAUAAGCCAAUAUUGGUCUGAUUUGUUUGUGUACAUUAUUGGCAGAAACACAAAACAACCUCUCCUCGCCGCAGAAUCUGUCAAAUUACUGGGCAAUGCAAAAAAUAAGAAAGAAUCAGCAUUUGGCGGACUCUAUGUGAAUAAGAUAGAGAUGGCUGAAAAAUCAGAAGUCGAAAAAGAGAGGAUUCCUCUGUUGAUCGUCAUGAUUCUAGUGAUUUUGUUCAUUAUUCUAGCUCUGCUUCUAACCUGUGUCGCUUGCUGGUGCAUUGCUCGAUCUAAACGAAGGAAGAUCGAAAAAGCAACCUACGACGAUGCCAUAUUUAAUGCUGACAAUGUCUUUUACAACAAUAUGACUGAGACAAUCGAACAAGUUGAAAUGAUUGAUUCACCACUUUAUUCAACCGUUGAAAAGUCUCAUUCUGAAAUGUUUGGCGUCCCUGACACAGAUCUACCGUUAGAACCUGAACCAGUUAUAGAAUUACCUCUGGAAAUCCCAAAUGAUCCUGCCAUCUACGCUGUUCCCCACAGGGAAUCACUUCCAAUGCCACCGUCAGAAAUGAAUGCUGAACCUAUGCCAGUCAUUGUUUCGAGUUUAAUGGAUCCUGAACCUGUAAUCGAAACAGAACCUGUAGAUAUACUUGAUGCUAAUGGGAUGGAUGCGGCAGGGUCAUCCGGUGACUUGUCGCGAUCUCCGUCACGGCAGUCGUCUUCCAUGAUUCAUUCUGUGCAUUCGUCAUCAGGUGCCGCUUCAGGGAACCUGUCACGUGCGUCGUCAGGUGUGAUUCAUUCAAUACAUAGCUCUUCAGGACCGCAUUCGAUGCGAGCCUCUUUGAGAAGCGAUAUAAAUGAUAUGGAACCAGUGCCGGUUAUUGUAACCAGCCCAGAAAAAUCAGAAAGUCCGACUGAAGCCUUAAAGCAGAUGGACGCCGUCUUUGCUUCUGAAUCACCAACUACGCCUGGAAUUAUGAGUCAAGCGGAGUCAGAUGUCUAUAAUUAUGACAAUAUGUAA